AAACAGUUCAUUGUCUUGUAAACAGUAAGAACAUAUCCCUCAUUGAAUUUGUGAUUAUAAAUAGUGCAUUGUAAUUUAAAAUAUUACAUUUAUGUCAUUCAGUUAAUCAUUUAUAUAUAGAUUCCUUUUUAAGCAGAAAAACAGGGUUUAAAUAAACGCAAAUACAUUCAAUAAACGUAUCUCUCGUAAGAUAAGCACAAAAGACAAACAGUAAUAGGGGCAGCAAAAGAAAUUUCACUGCUAUCUAUCAUUCAAUUGCUAUCUAUUCAUGUCUAUAUUUAUCGCGAACAGAAAUGUCGUAUUCGUCUUCAUUGUCUGGUUUUGUAAUACCGAUCAUUAACAGUCAGCCUAAAUACUUAAGUAGUGUAAACACAAAUAUUUUUAUUGAAUCGGAAAGCAAACGAACGUGCGAAGGAAGAAAUGAUAAUUCAAGAAAUCUGUUAAUCACUCGUUACAAUAGUGAAAAAUACGAAGAAUACGAAAAGGAAUACAAAACAAUGGGAUCUGCAGAAACUACUUACCUUUUUUGUGACAAAUCGAUUUAUGAAGGUGUACAAUUUGGUGGAUCCGAACAGAAAAAAGACACAGAAUUAGUGAGCGAUAAUUUUAAAUAUUAUACAAUUGAUCCAAUAUGUAUGAACAUUCGUCUCUGCAUAUUUUGGUUUUUAUGGGCGAUGUUAAUAAUAGUAAUUAUUAUAUCCAUUUUAUCUCAUUGUUGCUUUAUAUCAAAAAUAUGUCACAAUACCGAGGAUAUAAUUAUUGUAAAUGUAACAAAUACAGUAAGUAUUAAAUUAUUUAAGUAAUA